GUUUGCCAAAAACUGAAACCAAAAAUAGAAGAGGAGAGAGAGUCCUCUUUGGCUCGUCUUUCAUCACUCUCAUCGUCCUUUUCUUUCCUUCCCUUUAUUUUCUCUCUCUAAACUUCUCUCUGUCUCUCUCUACCUCUCUGUCACCUCUCUCUUCCUCCAUCUAUGCCACCACCUUUGCAUUUCUCUUCAGGUUAAAUUUUGGGAAUUUAUGAUUUCAGAUAUGAUCCUCAAGUGAUUAGAGCUAAUUAUAAUUCGGCGUGGAAACAAUUGGUCGUUUAAUUGUAUAUAUAGCAAUUGCUGCUGCUGUUUUUCUUCAAUAUUUCAUUAUUUUCAAAGAAACAAGAAGUGGGGAAUUUGAGAAUUCGAGCAAGAAGAAGAUGGGUUAUCUCAAUUCAGUUUUGUCAGCUUCAACCCAGGUCCAUGCUGACGAUCCACCCGUUAGCGGCGGCGGCCUCAGUCAGAAUGGAAAGUUCAGCUAUGGAUAUGCAAGCUCUCCAGGGAAAAGAUCUUCUAUGGAAGACUUUUAUGAGACAAGAAUUGAUGGUGUCGAGGGAGAAGUAGUUGGUCUUUUUGGAGUUUUCGAUGGCCAUGGAGGUGCACGUGCUGCUGAGUAUGUCAAGCAAAAUCUUUUCAGUAAUUUGAUUAGGCAUCCAAAAUUUAUCUCUGACACCAAAUCUGCUAUAGCUGAUGCUUACAGCCAUACGGACUCUGAAUUUCUGAAAUCAGAAAAUAAUCAGAAUAGAGAUGCUGGGUCAACUGCUUCUACUGCGAUCUUAGUUGGUGACCGUUUGCUUGUUGCAAAUGUUGGUGAUUCCAGAGCUGUGAUAUGCAGGGGUGGGAGCGCUAUAGCUGUUUCAAGAGAUCACAAGCCAGACCAGACUGAUGAGCGGCAACGGAUUGAGGAUGCAGGAGGAUUUGUGAUGUGGGCUGGAACUUGGAGAGUUGGAGGUGUUCUCGCUGUUUCUCGUGCAUUUGGUGAUAGGCUGUUGAAGCAGUAUGUUGUUGCUGAUCCAGAAAUCCAGGAGGAAAAGAUUGACAACUCUCUUGAGUUCCUUAUCCUUGCUAGUGAUGGACUGUGGGAUGUUGUCACCAAUGAGGAGGCCGUAGCAAUGAUCAAACCAAUUCAGGAUCCAAAGCAGGCAGCGGAGAGGCUAAUGCAGGAAGCGUAUCAGAGGGGGAGUGCAGAUAACAUCACGUGUGUUGUUGUUCGUUUCCUGGCUAACCAAGGGGGCUCCUCACGAAGCAGUUCCGGCUAAAGCACCUUUUUCCGGCUCAGAGUAAGGACUUGGAUUCCUACCUUAUUGGUAGGGUGGCGGUGCAAUAAAUUUCGGUAUGGUUUUAGAAAACCUGUGGUAGCAAUGUACUGUAACAAGGAUAGAGAGACAUAAUGGGGAACUUAUCAGGCUGUUAAUGUGUAUUACAUGUCAUCAGCCUCUAGCAUAGAACUCUGUAUGUGAAUCUAGCUUCUCGUACUUUUGGUGGCAAGUGUAGCAGAAAAAUGUCAAUGUGUUUGUAAAGUGUUUCUCAUUGCCUUUGCUGUAAAUCUAGUGUUUCUUUUCUUUUAUAACUGUUUGAAA